UCCUCUGAAGCCCAUUAUCACCACCAAACCCCCCAGGCGACUCCUUCACCUCAGCAAUUACCUCAAUAAGCCUCCUUUUCCCCAUCCCGACCCGCCUGCAACUUCCCCUCACAUUCGCCGCCGUCUACUCUGGCAGAGUACUUUUCCCCUGCGCUGUUCAAUCCUCAAAUUUUCUACCUAGAACUAUCCGGGCCUUUUGGAUCCUAAAACCACCGAGCGACCGAGCCUUGUGAUUCCCGACCGCCAAAGUUCCUCACCAACAACCCCUGCGCCAAACCGUCAAGAUGGUUCGGGAGACAAAGUUCUACGACCUUUUGGGCGUCCAACCCAAUGCUACCGAAGCAGAUCUAAAGAAGGCCUACAAGAAGAAUGCGCUGAGGUACCACCCUGACAAGAACCCCGGCAAUGAGGAGGCCGAGCACAAGUUCAAGGAGAUCUCUCAGGCCUACGAGGUCCUUUCCGACCCUCAGAAGCGAAGCGCCUAUGAUCAGAUGGGUGAGGCUGGCCUGGAAGGUGCUGCCGGCGGUGGUGGCAUGGCCGCUGAGGACCUGUUCGCUCAGUUCUUUGGCGGCGGCGGCCUGGGUGGCUUCGGAGGCAUGUUCGGCGGCGGCGGCCCGUCUCGCGGCGGCCCACCCAAGGCUCGUACAAUUCACCACACCCACAAGGUUUCCCUUGAAGAUAUCUACCGCGGCAAGGUUUCCAAGCUGGCGCUCCAGCGCUCCAUCAUCUGCCCUAAGUGCGAGGGUCGCGGAGGCAAGGAGGGCGCCGUCAAGCGCUGCGCCGGUUGUGAUGGCCACGGUAUGAAGACGAUGAUGCGCCAGAUGGGUCCCAUGAUUCAGCGUUUCCAGACCGCCUGCCCCGACUGCAACGGCGAGGGAGAGAUCAUCAAGGACAAGGACCGCUGCAAGCAGUGCAGCGGAAAGAAGACAGUUGUCGACAGAAAGGUCCUCCACGUCAAUGUCGACCGGGGUGUUAAGAGCGGCGCCCGCGUCGAGUUUCGCGGUGAGGGUGACCAGGCUCCUGGUAUCCUGGCCGGCGAUGUCGUUUUCGAGAUUGAGCAGAAGCCCCAUCCACGAUUCACCCGAAAGGACGAUGAUCUUCUCUACAACUGCGAGGUUGAGCUGGUGACAGCCCUUGCCGGAGGUACUAUCUAUGUCGAGCAUCUGGACGACCGGUGGUUGAGCAUUGACAUCCUGCCUGGCGAGGCGAUCGCACCAGGUGCCGUCAAGAUGAUCCGCGGCCAGGGUAUGCCAUCGUACCGCCACCACGACUGCGGCAAUCUCUACAUCCAGUUCACCGUCAAGUUCCCCGAGAAGGGCUGGACCGCUGACCCAGCAGCCUUCGAGGCCCUCCGCAACAUUCUGCCCUCGCCAGCUCUCCAGAACGUACCACCUGCCGAUGCUAUGACCGAACCCGUGGAUCUGGAGGACCCAGACUCCACCGCUGGCGCUCGCGCGUUCGGCGGCGAAGGUGCCAUGGACGAGGACGAUGAGGAUGGCCACCCGCAUGCCGAGCGCGUCCAGUGCGCCUCGCAGUAGAUGCUCUACAGCAACAAUGAUCUAACCAUACCCCCAUACAAAUGCGCCAUGAUUCUGUGUACCUGUUAUUGUUAGACCCGCGGCCGUGGAAUGGAAAACGUGGGUGAUGGAAUAGUUUGAUGAGGUGUGUCUCUGGUUGGAGACUUGGAACACCUUUCUGGCACAGCUCCAUCGCAGAAGAGGCAGUCAAGACUCGUCCUGGGCCAGUGUCGGAGGAAAUGACGGGUCAGCCCAACUAUGAUGACUAGAGCAUAAAGCGGCAACCAGUCGGGUUUUCCUUGGGUUUCUUUAUCAUGAUAGGACGAUUGUGGCUGGCGUUCAGAGGCAUAGAAAUGACAUCUGAGAUCAGGUGCAGGAAGUUAUCUGCUUAAGAACGCUUUUCAAGAACAUGAAUUAAUUUUGCUUUUUUAG